CCUGCCUUCCUGAACUUUUCCUGUCGAUCUCUAAUGCCCUCCUCAUGCCGGCUGCCCCAAAUUCGUCGUCUCUUUAUUUCUCGUUCAAUCAUUCAGCUUAUAAACAGGAGGAAAGAUUCAAGCGUGCUCAGGAUGAUACCUCAGAUUCAAUAAUGGUUUUCUUCAAUUUUGGAUUACCUUGUAUGACAAUUUUCUAAGACAUUGCUAAACUUUGAUCUGGAAAGUUCAUGGCAAGCACCCUGUCAACUGUUUCUCCUUUUGGAUGUCCUAAAUGUCUUAGGGUUCUUGAGGAAUUUCCAAAUAGUCCUCUUUCCAAGUGUCAUGGCUGUUAUGCCAUUCUUAAUGCUAAAGUGGAUUCAGACAACUUUUCUACAGAUAAUGGAUUAGCAGCUUAUGUGAAGCAGAUUUCUUCGGCUUCACAUAAGCCCAAAAAUCUGGAACAAAGAAGAUCAAAGAGUUCCAAAGAAUCCAACUUUAAUGGGGUAAAACACCUCAAAGAAGUAGAAACUUCAGUUAAUGGAAUGAAGACUCUUUCUGUCUCUGGAAGUUAUAAACUGGAAGAACAAUCUACAGAAUCCUUGGAGCACGAUAUUAAGAACGAGGACUGUAAUGAAAAGCUUAAAACUGGAUUUGGGUUCAGAUCGAAGGACGGAAGCGCUCAUCCCUAUGAUCGAAGUUUCUCUUUAUCCGACAAACUCCGGCGAGAUCACGUUACUCAGAAACAUCUUGCAGUAUCCAGUCGAACCAGAAGCUCCCGUUUCUCUUCAUCCGACGAACCUCUGCGAGAUCUCGUUCCUCAGAAGGAUCCGGCAGUAUCCAGAAGAACUCGAAGCAGAAAAGUUUUCGAUUCGGCCGAAGAAGCAGGAAGAGAUAAUUCCAUGAAGAACAGCGCUCAUGCAGAAGAACAACAAUCUGUAGCUGAAAAACAUUCCAGUAAAGUUUCAAUCCAACCAAAAGAACAGGGCGUAUUGUUAUCCUCUGAGAAUCAAAAUCUCUUUUUGAUCUCUAAAUCGAAGGAUGAUCCAGAACAGGUUGUGAAAUUUCAUUUCUCUGAAACGGACGAUGAACUGAAAAUUAUGGAGAAGGUCGAUGAACUCAAAAUUGAAUUACACAGAAUGCUGAGCAACAAAACUUGCGGCAAGCAGGCAUCCGGCAUCAGCAUAAAUGUGACACAUUUGGAAGGUAAGAUUGAAUCGGAUGCCGAUCGAUUCUCAUCGCUAUUUCGAAAUUUCUCAAGGCAAACCAGCAACUCAUCCAGCCGCAAUGGAAACCGUAGGCUCUGCGAGGAGUCUAGGAUUCGCCAUUGCCGGCCGGUAUCAGGCGGCGCGCCAUUUGUGGUCUGCUACAAAUGCUACAAGCUGCUUCUACUGCCAGCGGACUUUCUCGUGUGGACGAGGAGGGCUCAUAAACUUCGCUGUGGUUCGUGUUCUGAAGUUCUGAUGUAUUUCUUCAGGCCGAGGGAUCGUGCUGAAAUGCAGAAGAGAUGACGAGAACAGCACAUGUAGUGGCCAUGAAGGAUUGGAGAAGCUCAUGGGAAUGAAAUAGAACAGGGUGGAAUUGUUUGGAUCCAUGGAAGGGAGAAUGGUGGCUUCUUCUUGUGAAUUUAAGUUUCUAAUUUAUGGCAGGAGGAUUUGGUAGAGAGUUGUUCGAUUAAUACAGCGACAUUUGUUUGUAUUCUUUUGGGUAAUUUUUUGUUAUAGAAUCAGUGUCAUAACAAUAAAAUAAGAAGAUAAGAUCAUGAGCUGAGCAGGACAAUUUCUUUUGAAUUCAAAGCUGUCCUGUGAGGAAUGCUCAAAGAUCAGAGUGGUAUUAAUCAGAGAGGAGAUAGAGAUAGAGAAAGAUGAAGAGCGCACACAUACGUGUUCUGUGAGGGCAAACUGAGGUAUUCUCAGGCUCUAUGAUUCAUUUUUUAUAUAGAAAGAGAGAUUACAAAGAUGAGAAGGAAAAACUCCUUCAAAAGUAUGGGUAUAGAUUCAAAAGCCAAAAAACCCCCCAUUUUAUAUGUAUUGGAC